AUGUCGACCGACUACGUUACUCAAAAGGGCCAGGCCUUUGACAGAGCUGCCUUUGAGUCUCUGUUGCGCCGCAAGGUCUUCUUGUGGCAGAGUUUCGAGCCUUAUGGUUCGGUCAAGGGUCUUUUCGAUUAUGGCCCUCCGCUCGAGCAGCUUGAGAGUCAGGUCAUCCAGAUCUGGCGUGAUCACUUCAUUCGUUCCGAGAAGAUGAUGGCUCUCAAGUGCUCUAUGCUUACUCCUUACGAAGUCUUGAAGACUUCCGUGNACCGUUUUGCUGACUACAUGCNNAAGGACCCCAAGACUGGUGAAAUCCUGCGUUCAGACCACUUGAUCGGUGACGUGCUCGAGUCUCGUCUCAAGUCCGACAAGGAAGCCCGUGGUGAGAAGGUCGAGGAGAAGGAAGAGGACCCCAAGAAGAAGAAGAAGCAGUCAAAGGCUGCCAAGGGUGCCGUCAAGCUCGACGAUGCCGUCCGCCAGGAGUAUGAACACGUUCUUGCCAUGCUCGACGACUACACUGGUGAGGGUAUGGGUGAGUUGAUCAAGAAGUACGACAUCCGCAAUCCCUCCUCCGGCAACGAGGUUGAGCCUCCUGUUUCUGUCAACCUCAUGUUCCAGACUCAAAUCGGUGCUUCCUCCAACUCUCCUGCCUUCCUCAGACCCGAGACUGCUCAGGGUCAAUUCCUGUCUUUCCAGAAGCUGCUUGAGUACAGCGAUGGCCAACUUCCCUUCGCCUCUGCUUCCAUUGNNCUUUCUCCUCGCGCUGGUCUCCUCCGUGUCAGAGAAUUCUUGAUGGCCGAGAUUGAGCACUUUGUUGACCCUGAAGGCGGCAAGGCUCACCCCAAGUUCCACACCGUUGCUGACGUCAAGCUUCCCCUUCUCGAUCGCGACACCCAAACCUCUGGCAGCACCAAGCCCACAUACGUUGCUAUCGGUGAGGCUGUCAAGACUAAGCUGGUCGACAACGAGACUCUUGGUUACUUCCUUGUCCGUAUCUUCCAAUUCAUGGAGAAGAUCGGUAUCGACAUGAACAAGCUCCGUUUCCGUCAGCACAUGGCCAACGAGAUGGCUCACUACGCUUCCGACUGCUGGGACUGCGAAUUGCUCAACAGCUACGGCUGGACUGAGUGUGUUGGCUGUGCCGACCGCUCUGCUUACGAUUUGUCUGUCCACGAGAAGGCCACCGGAACUGUCCUUCGUGCGCGUGAGCAGCUCAAGAACCCCGAGACCAUCGAGGAGUGGGUCCCUGUCAUUGACAAGAAGAAGGCUGGCCCCAAGUUCAAGAAGGAUGCCAAGGCUAUCGAGAACGCUCUCGAGGCUCUCUCGCAGGAGAUGAAGGAGAAGCUCCAGAUCACCAUGGAGUCCGAAGGCAAGGCUGAGGUCUCCGUUGAGGAGAUCGCCGCCGGCAAGGUCGAGAUUGACACCUCCAUCGUCAAGUUCGAGAAGCAAAAGAAGACCAUCACUUUCCGCGAGUUCGUGCCCAAUGUCAUCGAGCCCUCAUUCGGUAUUGGUCGUAUUCUUUACUCUCUCAUGGAGCACAGCUACUGGACUCGUGAGAACGAUGAGGCCCGCUCCGUUCUUUCCUUCUCGCCUGUCGUUGCCCCUAUCAAGGUUCUGGUUUGCCCUCUCCAGAAGGACCCCAAGUUCGCUCCCCUCAUCGCCAAGCUCGAGGAGGCUCUCGACAACAAGUCCAUCUCAUUCAAGAUUGACCAAACUGGUGUCAGUAUUGGCAAGCGCUACUCACGUAACGAUGAGCUUGGUAUUCCAUUCGGUAUUACUAUCGACUACGAGGCCCUGGACGAUGGAUCCCUCACUCUCAGAGACCGCGACUCAACUAAGCAGGUGCGCGCCAGCCAAGCCGACAUUAUCAAGGCAAUUAGCCGCAUGGUGAAGGGCAAGGAGACCUGGGCUGAUAUUGUCGCUCGCCUACCCGCAUACGAGGGCCAGAAGGAGGCUGCUGAGUAA